GGAGGACGAUAGGGAGGGGAAGUUGUUGUUGUUGUUGUUGGUGCGGAGAGCAGAGGCAGAUACGCUGUUGUUCUUGUUCCCUUCUGUUGUCACUCGCAUCGAUUUGAAUAAGAUUUCUGUCUCUCUGUCUCUCCAUCUCUCUCCAUUCCAGCAUUUGAUGAGUUUCUUGUCGGGCCACAUCGUGUAAAGUUUCGAAAUUUGGGGUGUGGGUGUGAUCUUUCGGAGUCGCGCUGCGAUGCUCUUUCUUGGGUAAGUUCUUGUUUUGUUUUUUUUGUUCUUUUGGGUUUUUUGGUUUCUUCCCUUCCCUUUGUUGGCGAUGCUGUCCCUGUGAAGAAGAGGAAGUUGCGAGAGGAAGUGAGAGGGAGAGGGAGAGAGUGAUACCUGCGUCGUCGCCGCCGUCGUCGCCGUCGCAGUCGAUAUCUUUCUCGCAAAGGAAUGGCACAGGACGCCAAGCCCUGGAGGCUCUAUCAGGUCUGGAAGGGAAGCAAUAGAUUUUUCUGCCGAGGGAGGUUGAUUUUCGGGCCUGAUGUUGCGUCCCUGUCACUUUCAACCCUCCUCAUCGCCGGCCCUGCGAUUGCUUUCUCCAUGAGAGCCCAUUCCAAAAUCAACGAUCAUCGCUAUGCAUUGCCUGCACUGAUUGGUGGUUUGAUCAUCGCUGUUCUGGAUUUAAUUUUUCUUUUUGUCGCUUCUGCUAGAGAUCCUGGGAUAGUCCCUAGAAAUUCUAAGCCUCCCGAAUCAGAUGAUGCAUUUGAUGCUACUACCCCAUCAAUGGAGUGGGUUAAUGGGAGAACACCUCAUAUGAAACUACCUCGAACAAAGGAUGUGAUGGUGAAUGGUCAUGCAGUAAAAGUGAAGUACUGUGAUACUUGCUUGCUAUUUCGUCCUCCUCGUGCUUCUCAUUGCUCAAUCUGCAACAAUUGUGUCCAGAGAUUUGACCAUCAUUGUCCAUGGGUUGGCCAGUGCAUUGGAAUACGUAAUUACCGAUUCUUCUUCAUGUUCGUAUCAACUUCAACCAUCUUGUGCAUAUAUGUGUUCGCGUUUUCUUGGAUCGACCUUCUUCAACUGAAAAAAGUAAAAAAGUCUAUCUGGAAGGCUAUGUCGAAUGCUUACGUGUCAGAUUUUCUCAUUAUCUACUGCUUCAUAGCUGUCUGGUUUGUUGGUGGUUUAACAGUUUUCCACUCCUAUCUGAUUUGCACAAAUCAGACCACCUACGAGAACUUCCGCUACCGCUAUGAUAAAAAGGAGAACCCCUAUAACAAGGGGGUCCUGGGAAACCUUAUGGAAGUUUUCUUCUCUAAGAUCCCACCUUCAAUGAACAAUUUCCGUGCAUUUGUGGAGGUAGAGGAACAAGAUGCCGUGUGUGCGGUGACUCCAAACUUUGGUGAAGGUAUUAUGAGCUCAAAGGAGAAAUUAGAUAUUGAGAUGGGAAUGAAGCUUGCAGAGGAUGGUGGCAUCACUCUCCCUGAAAUCUUGCGCGACUUGGAAUAUGAUGAUUCGGAUGAUGAUUUCAAGAAUAAAGAGGAAGAUAGAGGGCGUGUUGACUCGAUUUUCCUUGUAGAGCAAGACAUGAAGGAACCCACAGAAACAACUAUCGAUGGUGAUCAAAUGACUUGUUCUGGACAAAGCCAUGCCGUUCAACAGAAAGCCAGAGAACCUUCGUAUACCUCUGGUGCUUUAGAAGAUGGCAAUAGUGCAACAGAAAAGAAAGAUGAUACAAGUGGUUCCAAUCAAAAUGCUGCACCAUAAAGAGCAGAGGUUAAAUAACACAUAAUCACAGUUGAAUUAGUUGGUGAACUGAGAGGAAGCCAGUAAACUCAUCAGAAAUGUUAACUGGAGGACUGAUGCUUUUGAUGCUGGACAAGGGGACAAUGCCUUUAAUCAGAUAUUGACAUCUGCUAAUUAUUUGUUCAAAAGCAUGGCAAUGACUUGUACAUUUGGGUAUGAACGAGGAAUCCUACGAGAUAACAGACAAUUUUGGUUCAUGGAAAAAUGGUCUGUGAUUGUGAAGUAGGUUUCCUUUGAACUCGGAUCAAAUUCUAUACUUUUGUUAUAUCUGUCACGAUUCAUCACAUUUCAUGCGGUUUAUACGGUUUACUGGAUUGAGUCA